CCCCCCCCCCGCCGACCCCAGCUUGCGCUGCCUCCUGCUCGCGCUAAGCCACUAAGGUCCCUAGCCCCCCAGAGCGCACAGAGCCGAGAUGGAAACUAUCCAGGAGCUGAUUCCUCUGGCCAGGGAGAUCAUGACCCAGAAGCCCAAGGGGAAGCUGGUGAAGCUGUACGUGCUGGGCAGCGUGCUGGCCCUCUUCGGCGUGGUGCUCGGCCUGGUGGAGACCGUGUGCAGUCCCUUCACCGCCAGCAGCCGUCUGCGGGAGGAGGAGGCCGCAGUGGCCGAGCUGCAGGCCGCCCGGGAGCGACAGGCCCUCCGAACGCAGGCGCUGCUGGAGAAAGGCAAGCUGCCAGAGGGGACCCUGCUCUGCAGUCGGGUGCUGUGCAACCGGCAGCAUGCCUCUUAGAACUGAGGGAGGCCAGCAGAUGGGAGGGAGAGAGGGACAGACAGACAGACAGAGCGCGCGCCUCUGCUCCCGAGACAGCGCACGCACACGCCUGACUCAGGUGGGAGACAGCAGGAGCCCGUGUGCUUUUGGAUUUACUUCGGAGAAGCCACCAACACCCAGAACUGACCUACCACGGGAAUCCAGGAGUUUGGCAUCGAGUUUGGCUGCCGUGCAGCUCCGCGUGGUGAUGACAUGUCCAAAACUGUGACCUUUGAGCUAUCUGAAUGCA